CAAAGACAACAAUUAUACUAAUGCAGCUAAUCUACAAAACCUGCAUUGUUCUUCUUCAGUCCUAGCCAAAGCCACUGCACUAGCUAGAAAGGAGCAUGAGAAGGCGCGACUUGCACGUAAGGCUGCUGAUUUAGCUUUGUGGCAGGGUGAGCACACUUCUCAGCUGCAUGGACAUGCGCAAGGUCAGCGUCGACUCUCAGCGAUUGAGAACCGCGAUGAGGCUCAGGCUGACCAUUUGGGUGGCCUUUUUUCAGACCAUCUUCCCUCACCAAAAGUCGCUUUUACGAAGCAUCCGCAUCUUGGUGUGCAAAAAAAUGACGAGAGCCAGGAGGUACAUAACAUCAUGCAUCCGUCAUUGGCUUCACCACGAAGUUUGCGGAGGAUUGGUGGUGGUCAGCCGAAGGACCAAACCGAAGGUGAAGGAUCAUUAGAUAUUUUCAGACCACGUCCUCGAAACAAUUAUGAAGCGCCACUUUUCGCAGCUGCUAGCAGCUCGUUGAGUCGCAGCAAGUUCUUGCCAAAAGACACCCGGAGAGCUCUUUUAGCGGCACAAGUUACAGUCCCGAGGUUGGCAGAUAUGCUGGGUGAUGGAUCUCAAACUGCCAGGGCUAGUGCUACACCUGCACUAGGUGGAACUGCAGACUCAAACAGAGCAUCUUCACGAUCGCAG